UUAUUUCCCAGGAUUCCAUGCUUUGUUUACAAACGUCAAAUCAGUCCAUGUAUAAUGAUGCAUUCGGUAGUUCUUUUGCUACAGAGUUUAUGUCCGGAUGCGGAAGAAGUGAGGUUGUGAGGCAGCGGUGUGCGCUGUAAUCAGUGUGGUCCUGGAGCAUGCACUCGAUUGUGGAGGUUAAAGGCAUAAAAUCUGGAUAUCGUUGUGGAUACUGUAACAACUUAUUGGGGAAAGUGUCCUAUGGUAUGUGGGCCCAUUCAUUGACAGUCCAGGACUACCAAGACCUCAUUGACAGGGGAUGGAGACGAAGUGGCAAGUAUGUUUACAAGCCUUUCAUGAGCAAGACCUGCUGUCCACAGUACACUAUCAGGUGCCAUGCCUUAAACUUUCAUCCUUCAAAGACACACAAGAAGAUCUUAAAGAAGAUGACAAAGUUCCUGUCGAAAGGGGAGAAGCCAGCUGCCCGUGAUGCUGGCUGCGAUGGUGAGCAGAUGGACUCCAUUUUUGAAGAAGUAGGGGAAGUUCCUCUGGUGGAGCCUGUGAAAAUCAUGCACACUCAGGUGGAGAAUCCCAUCAUUUCCAGCGGUGUAGAGAAAGAUACCGAUUCCAAACCAUCAACAUCUGAGACUUCAAGAGAGGAAACGGUGUUUCCGUCAGCAGGGAAAAGCCCACGAUUCGAGCCUAAACCAGGAGUGGGAGCGGACCCUUGCAAACCUCAGUGUCGCAAAGCAAAGGAUAUCCGGAAAGAGCGCAGACUACAAAAGGAGCAGAAGAAGCAGCAAGAUGGAGGAAGCAUUUCGACAAACCCUAAGCCUGCUACAGCAACGCCAGCGUCCGGUCAACCCAAACCACUAGAAGAAUUCAUUACCGACUCGCUGCCUGACGACCCUCUUCAUCGUUUAGAGGUGAGGCUAGUGCCGGUCAGCUUUGAGGACCCUGACUUCUUGUCAUCGUACAAGCAGUCAGUGGAGCUGUUUGCCCGUUACCAGAUGGCCAUUCAUGACGACGAUCCAGUCGAAUGUGAUGAAAGCCAGUUUAAGAGGUUCCUGUGUGACUCACCACUAGAGGCGGAGACGUCUCUUGAUGGGCCCGAAAUGGGCUACGGCUCUUUCCACCAGCAGUACUGGCUGGACGGACGCAUCGUAGCUGUGGGUGUCAUCGACAUCCUGCCCAACUGCGUCUCCUCAGUCUACCUCUACUACCACCCGGACUUCGCUUUCCUCUCACUCGGCUCCUACUCUGCUCUCAGGGAGAUUGCCUUCACGAGGCAUUUGCAGAAGCAGUCACCCAAGCUUUCCUACUACUACCUGGGAUUUUACAUCCAUUCAUGCCCCAAGAUGCGCUACAAGGGUCAGUACCUGCCUUCAGACCUUCUGUGCCCGGAGACGUACACAUGGGUGCCCAUAGAGAAAUGCGUCCCCCGCCUUGAAACCUCAGCCUACUCCCGCCUCCAUGAUGACGCCCGUGCAGGUGAUGUUCGUGCACUUAAAGAUCUUGGUCGUGUUCUGGUGCUGCACAAGAGGACAGUCAUGCCUUAUGCUGCCUACUCACGAAAAAGGAAAGGCUGCAACGACGAGAAGGAGGUGGAGCAGUACGCAAGACUGUUGGGCCAGACAUGUGCCGAGAGAAUACUGCUCUACCGCUCUUAACCCGUUCUCUUAUUUAGCUCCACUAGUCUAAUGGUGUUGGUAGUCUACCGUUAGUCUAAUGGUGUUGAUUUGGCCUUUUUAUUCUCUCAUUGUAUUGUCUUAAAGCUUAAAGGAUUCGUAUAGCUCUAAAGCCCCUCUCUAUGUUUUGUUUGAACCCUCGUAACGUUAUUGACCACAUUCACAAACUAUAACUGUGUGUAAUCAACCUCACAAUAAUAUACAACUCACAAUGUAGAAUCGAUAUAAAUGAUUGAAGACUCUGUGACAUGCUUAGCUCUAAUUCUGAGGUCCACACCACUAUGAGAGCUACCAAAGACACAAACUAAGCAAACGAAGAAGAAGUGUGUUUGUUUUAACUGCUAGAAUGAACUACCAAAAAAAUAGAAUGUCUUGUGUGCCACACUGGAGGACUAACCUCAGAAUUAAGGGUUUAAAGGCUCAUGUUAGAUCAUCAGCACAUUCUGGAGCCAUGGAAGUUACACCUUAUCUUCUGUUUUUUAUUUCCAUGCCACUUCAAACACACAAAUAAAAUCAUUUAUGCUCA